AUGCUUGAAGUCAUUACGGUGAUUUCGUAUUGGUUGUUUCUUGUGCCUCCAUCAUACAAGUUCUGCAAAAAAAAGCAUCUCAUCGAGAGCAACUUCGAUUCGAGCGAUGUGUUCAAAUAUAUCCAGACUAACUGCAUUUUUGCUUUAAUAGCCCUUGUUGGCUACAUCGUUAUCUUUAGAUUGGUUAUGUGGUACUAUGCGAAGGUCAAGGCGUUCGACAACAAAAUGUGGUAUGAUCUUCACUCACCUAUGCUGGAUCGGAAAGAGUCGCGAAAUAAUUUGGUCUGCUCCUGGUCUGGUCCUGAUGAAGUCGAUAGCGCUGAAUUGUCUGCGACUAAGGAGAACAAAAAGGUUCCUCACAGUAAGACAGACGAAAACAUCCUUGUGGGUAUUCAUGUAGAGAAGCAAACCCAACUGGAAAGCUCUACCACAUCGGAAAAACAUGAUGUGGAUAUCCCCUAG